CUUACGAAUUAAACCCACUUCAUCCCCCACCACGCCUCUUGGUGCAGUUCAGAGUUUUUUUUUUCAGUUUUUCAGACCCAAAACAAAUAGAGUUCAGUUUUUUUUUUUUUCUUCAGGCAUUUAUCAUAAUUUCUUUCGUUCUUUCUUCAAUGUUGCCUAAAACAGUUGCAAUUUUUUCUUGAAAAUGAAAAGAAACGGAUGGCUUGGAACCUAGAAUUGUGAGACGUGUGAUCUCAUUAGUAGUGGUGGUGGUGGCUCUUGCUUAUCUUUGCUUUUCCAUGUGCUUAGCUGUGUGCGGUUGGGAGAACAAGCUCAAAGUUUGAGGAGAAAGAACAGUGUUAAAUGCAUUGCAAAUAAGCUGCUUGCUUCUUCUUGGAUCCAAUUCCUAAGGUUUCUUGCAAGAUAAGAAUUGGACAGGUAUAUAAGGCCGUCUACCACCAAGUCUAUAUAAUUCGGUUUGAAGCAAAAUAUAGGGAAAAACUUAGCUGCCAUUAAUGUGUGGUAUUUAAUUGGGGUCAGCAGAUGGAUGAUAAGUUAGUAGAUGCUCAGAAAGAUCACCAGGGACAAGACGAUUCGUUGCAUAUUUUGAGCAAGGAGCGGGAAUUGUCAAGAAAUGGUACUUUAAAAUCCUCUGGGUCAAAAUUGAAAAGGUUAGUCACAUGGUCAAAUCCACAGCAUGCCCUAAUUUCAAAUGUUAAGUGUUCACAAAUUAGUAAAUGUUGCAUAAAAAGUUCUUUGUUUCCAAGUGCUCUGGGCUUGGACAGAAGGAUUCCAAAACAUAUACUGAGCUUAGAUGAAAAAUUUCGUCGUCGUUGCAUGGAAUUGAUUCAUAUUAGUGCAUCCAAAGCUACCCGAUGCAGUGCUGUUGUGAAUUUGAGCUCGACAAAGAUUGGUGCUUUGCCUGAGAGCUUGAAUGUGACUAAAGUUAGAAGUGGAGAUACAUGUAAUUCUACUAGGUUUGUUUUUGAAUGUCCAUUGGCAGCUGGAGGUGGGAGUGUAGUGAUAGGCCCUGCAGGACAGUGGAUUGUAGGUACAGUUAUGGGGAGCAAGAGCAUGGUGAAUAUAUUAAAGAGCCCUUUGUUCCACCAAUUUGGUCCCCUCGGUAGCAAUACAGACUUGACAAGAAUUAAUACAAAUGAUGUGAAAGGCUCAAUAUGCUAUGAUUUUACAGAAUCUCCUGGUGGAUUAAGUUUCUCUUCUUCACCGGUGCUAGAAAAGGAAACACCAAAUAAGGGAAGCCAUAAAAAUGGAUCUGAUACUGGCCACAAAAGGUUUGUUUCUCUGUGUAGUACAAACUCUGCGUGUUCUGAUCAAUCUUCUGCUUCUGCUCUCACCACUGUUUCUCAAGGAAUGCUUCAAUGCACGUGGAAGGGAGGGAAUCCUCAUUUUGUUUUCUCCACAGAUCAAAAAAGGGAGGUCUAUGUAGCCAACUUGUGGAAGGUUGAGUCUGAAGAAGAUAAGACUCUGGACUAUGUAUACUUGUUCCAUUCAGGAAAGGGUGGGCAAAAGGACCAUGAAAUUCGAGAUGGUGAGUCACAGCUUGUUGGAAAGAUGAAGGUGAAUAAUUUGGUCUCACUCUGCUCAAACAAUUCAAAGAUCAUGGAGACUGAGUUUGUUUUGUAUGGUGGUGGUAUUGAGAUGCAUACUUCUGCCCAUAAUCUCAGGAAGAGUAAGGGGUUAUCAAAGAAGGUGGCAGAAGUAUUCAGGUCAAGUCACUCAUCCAAACAAAAAACCUCCUCCAAAUUGAGUGGACCAAGUUCGAAACUUGAAAGUUCUUCUCGGGAAUCAUGCCUAGAUACAGGCAACAAUCAAGAUGCUCUAGGUCUGCCCAAUUUAUUAGAAGAUCAUCUCCCUCCAAAUUUUGAAUUGGCCGCCAUUGUUGUCAAAGACCAUCUCCCUGAUGAUCGUAAGGAGGAGGCUGGAGGUUGGGGUUUGAAAUUUCUGAAGAAAGUUGGAGUCAAGAAAACCGCUACUGUGGAAGCCUCAGUACCUAUCGAAUGUUGUCGAAAUAAUGGUGAUUGCUCUACCAGUAUGGAUGUUCUAAUCCCAGCAGGUCUUCAUGGUGGACCAAGAACCAGAAAUGGUGGUGCUUCAAGUCUUACUGAAAGAUGGAGAUCUGGUGGACAUUGUGACUGUGGAGGUUGGGAUCUGGGGUGCCCACUCACAGUACUUCAAACCAAACCAAGCAAAGAAGACAUUUUCCCUCAAUCGGACACUCAGGGGGAGUGCAAGUCAUUUGAUUUAAAUCGAAAGGGUUCAGAACAUGGCCCUCCCACAUUCAGGAUGUUGAAUGUCCACGAUGGUUUGUAUUUUGUUCAUUUUCAACCAACUAUGUCAAUUCUGCAGUCCUUCUCAAUUGCAGUAGCAAUUAUCCAUACACAGAGUCCCACUCUCCGACCAAAAUGUACAGGAGUUUUAAGUACCAAAAUCCAGGGUUGAAAUUUGUGUAGUUGUUGUAACUCUCAUACUGUAUACAGCAGUGGGCAACUUAAAUUAUAUAUGUAUGUAUACUUGGAAUCCAGAUGAUUUCUGUUGUGUUUUAUGGUUUUCUUCGGUUACCCUGAUAUAGUGAUAUCAGACAGUUUUCUGCUUCUAGGUUAGUUUGUAUUGGUUGGGAUUUAGUCCCUUGAUUCCUAGGCCAGAAAUGCUUGUAAUCUGCUCAUUAGUAUUGAAUGUACGAGAUUUUGAUAUAAUUAUAUUGAUAGCAAAUCAUCUUGAGGGCAAUUAGCAACACUGAAAUUGGCAUUUUAAUAAUUUUGCUGAGAUCAAUCCGAACUGGAAUUUAAUUCUUAGACCAAGCCCUGCUAUCAUAAUUUAAAAUUUUCAUCUUCUGCAUACCUCCACUCCAGCUAUAGAGUGUUUGAUUUGCAGCUUGUUAACAUGCUUGCUCUGGUCGCCGCUAGUUCGUUCAUGACCAUGUUCAUGCGUGGAAUACAUCAUUCUAGUGCUCACAAAGUAAGUUUUCCUGGAUCUUAUCUUUUGUUUUCAUGUUUUAAUUACAGGGAUUACAUUUGACAUAUUAGAUUGUCUUAUAUUUUGUUCACCCACUACGUGUUCAUCAUAUACUCAAACAUAGUUGUCUAGCUUAGCUAUAAAAAGUGAUAGAGAAGAGAUUGAGACUAAAUAAUCGUAGUAGUCCUCUUCAUAAUCAGAAGAUAAAGUUAGAAACUUACGUAUAGCCUCUAAACCAUGUCAUAUCAAACCAUGGACCUGACCAAUUAUAAAUGAUGGUGGCAAUUUAAUUAGAUGCGUCAAACAUGCCUGAAGCACAUUCGUUUAACUUCAAAUUUCCUAGCCAAGAUAGAGAAAAAUAAGAAAAAAAGGAUGAGAAAAGCAAACUAACCAUAGUGGACAGUACAAUAAAUCCACAUAGCCAUGCUAUAAAGAGAAAAAGAACAAGAAAUAUAUUUAACUACAAACUUGUAAAAGUAUUAUCAAAUCAUCAUGUAUGCAGGACCUUUUUAUUUUUUAUUUGGGUCAAGCAUGUAUGCAGGACCUUGUACUGGAAGUAUAUGGGAGUAAAUUUCAGGUAACCAUUCUCCAGCAGGCUUUUCACUCCUACCCUGCUUGUGAUUACUUUAAGGUUAGUGGAAAGUUCUUUCGUAUGAUUCAUUCCGUAUAGUUCUAUGUAGAAGCAGGUCAAGAAUUCUGGAUUACUGUAAAAUGUCUCAAUUGUUGAUCUACUUUAGCUAAUAAUCUGAACAUUAAACUUGUAUAUUGGCAUAUUUCAUGGCUGACAGUUUCCUUAAGAAAAUUUCCCCUUGCUGGUAUUGUAAUGAUGACUGUCACGUUUCUUGUGGUGAUACAGAUGCAUAAGUACAAGUGAUUGAGUAUCUUGAUCACAGGGCUGGUAAAAUUGUGGUCAAAUCGAAUGGAAGGCUUAACAGAUGCAGGGUUAUUUGCCUUCAUAUUGGUAUGGGGUUGAAGGAGAUUGAUGAUUGAACUGCAAGUAUUUGGUUAAACCAGGCAAGCAAGGUGUUUCAGGAAAGAGAUGGAAUUU